ACCCGAUAAAAAAAAAAAAAGAAACCAGAUUUCCAUCUCGAUCGUGUCUUGAGUUUGGGAUCUCUCUUCAUCAAUGGCAAUGGCGUCUUCCUUCUCCCUCUCCUCUCUCCGCUACGCCGAUGGCCUCCUCGUCGCCGGGGCCUCCACCCUCACCGCCAUCCUCUGUGAAUCCCUCUCAUGGCUUCUUAUCUAUCGUACCCCAACCUACAAGACCCUUCGCUCCUCCAUCGAUCGCGCUUCCAAGAAGCUGGAAUCCAUGAAAUCCGAAGACCUAAAGGAGUCCUCCUCUUCCUUAUCUUCCAAGAAAUCAUCGUCCAAAUCCAAGAAGAUCGAUCGCGUCGAGGCCGGCCUCAAGGAAUCUUCUCGCGAACUCUCGAUGGCCAAGUUCAAGUCCGGCGCCGUCGUUGCGGCAGUUCUCUUUGUUGUCUUCGGCCUUCUCAACUCGCUCUUUGAAGGCCGUGCGGUUGCGAAGCUGCCGUUCGAGCCCGUGGGGUUUGUGAUGAAGAUGAGCCAUCGGGGGGUUCCCGGCACUGAUCCCACGGAUUGCUCGAUGGCCUUCUUGUAUUUUCUUUGUUCGAUUAGUAUCCGCACCAAUCUGCAGAAGUUGCUGGGGUUCGCGCCGCCGCGAGGAGCGGCUGGGGCCGGUCUCUUCCCCAUGCCCGAUCCCAAGGCUAGUUGAUGAUAGCAAAUGAUGGUUGUGAUUCCAGGUGGGUGUGCUUUUCAAUGAAAGAGUAAAGCAUGCUGAUGAGGCAGUGAAUGAGAACCGAGUAGUAAUUCUGGAAAAUCUUGCAUUUUCCAUCAAUGCAACUAGUAUUGAUUUGUUUUUAUAAACUAUUCAUGUCCAGACAUUCAGGUCUGGUUGUAACAUUAGCGCAUCUUAUUCAGAAUCUUUGGCUUGACCGCAUAGGUUAAACACAUAUCUAUCAUUUUCCAAUGUUACUAUGAUAAUUGUCUGCUCCUUCAAUAGUCAGCAAAAAUAUCUCAC